GAUGUUAUAUUAACAUUAACUGCAGUUUUAAAGUUCUUUGCUAAAGUAACUAAACUAUUAAAAGGCACUUCAAAUGCAGAUUUGGAUUCUUCCAAUAAUGUUUUCAAAAAUAAUGUUAUUUAUGAGGAUAAAAAAGAUGAGAGAGUACAAGUAAACUAG